CUUUAAAACCAAAUGUUGCGCGUAAACAGACACGUUUCUUUACUCUUACUCUUUGUUUUGGGUGUUUUGUCUUUUUUAUUUCAUCACCAAGGGAAAAAAAGAAAAGAAAAAUAACUGAAGUCCUAAAACAAACAAAAAACAGAGAAUUUGUGUUAACGUUUGUGUCUUUAAUUGGUCAGCACAGGCUUCCACAGCUCGGCGUAAACAGAGGGGUGCAGGCUCCAUGUGUAACCAAUAGGCGGUACUGUGCCAUUCUUCAUGACGCUUCCUCCAUCUCAGCCCUGAGGACAGCGCUGUGUCUCUGCUUUGGUUUGCUCCCUAACUGACCUAAAUCCAGCAUCUCUGCGCUCCCCGAGGCAGACGUCCUCAGAGGCUCCGAGGAGCAGCGCGGACACUCGCGCACCCCUUUUUCCUCUUCUGGACCAAAUCUGCGCCUUCUGACAGCAGCUAAAGCCUGAAACAUACCCCAACUGGACCCUUUGGAGCAGCAGCGGGCCGUCCUGGCACCGAACUCCGACAUGGUUUUACGCGGAGGAGACGAGAAGCGGGAGUGAGCUCAGAACAUCCACCGCUAUUGGGAUUUUAUUUUGGAAACGAAGGGGAGGGGGGGGGAGGGGGUCACGAUGUUGGAUGAUAAAGCGCGCAGAUCGAAGGUUCAACUCCACGGGUCAUCUUUUUACAUCGAGAAUUUGCUGCGGGGCUCCAGCGGGGAUUUGUCCGCCGGGGAGCGCGAGACUUCCGGACACGCAACGGAAACGAGACCAGAAAACGAGGAAAUUUUGGACCAGGAGCAUCACCGAAGAGGUUUUCCAGAGAAGACAAGCACAUGCUGUGAAGGAGCUGCAGGGAUCAGCAAGCGGCGGGAGGAGAACGAGGAGACGAAAGGAGACGAGAGUUUGACAGAUGACAGAGAGGAGGAGGAGGAAGAUGCGCCUUCCUCCGGCGUCUCUGGAGAGGACAUCUAUACUGAUACAGGUGAGGUCAAAGCCGUGCGUAAAAAGAAGACGCGCACGGUGUUCAGCCGCAGCCAGGUCUUCCAGCUGGAGUCCACCUUCGACAUGAAACGCUACCUGAGCAGCUCGGAACGGGCCGGCCUGGCCGCCUCGCUGCAGCUCACAGAGACCCAGGUGAAGAUCUGGUUCCAGAACCGCAGGAACAAGUGGAAGCGCCAGAUCACGGCGGACAUGGAGGCCGGAGGCGCGCUCGUCCCCUUCGCAUCCCACAGAGUCGUCCGAGUCCCCGUGCUGUACCGCGAGGACGCGUCCGCAUCUUCAUCCGCCUUCACUCAUCUGCAUCCUCCAGCGCUCGCGGACGCUGUGAACUUUCCCCUGACUGGUCGCUUCACCCAUCCGGUGACGUUUAUAACAGCACCCAUGGCAGGAAUGGUGUGACUCCAGACAGACUUUUCAAGAAAUCAAUAAAAAAAUUGCUGCAAAAUAUUUGGUUUCUAUGGGUUUUACGCACUGGAGAUGAUCCAUUGCUGCAUUAAAGUGAAUGAUUACUGUCUGACAAAGAGUUCCAGGUCAUCCGUCGCCAAGGUGACCCAACAGUUCUAGAGUUUCUCAUUAAUGAAUCUUCAAGAGUUUACAAAAUAGUAAUGACUGUGCACUUGUCUUCUCAGGGCUGCGCAUAUUUCCAACUUUAUUGUACAAAUACUUUUUUUCACACAAAACUUCCACAGAAAUGAGCCCCUUUUAUGCAAAAACAAUCAAGAGGUGCGCAAAGUGACGCAAAAGAAAACACUGUGAAGAACUUCGUUACCAUUUCUUUCCCAAAUUAGAUUUACUGACUUCAAAAAACUCUCUUUUCCUAUAAAAAUGAAUAGGAAUCUGUACCUUAUUGCCUUUCUUUAAAUCAUAUCAAACUGAUUUUUGUCUGCAACAUUCAGAAAUUGACUUAAAAGAAUUAUUGUCCAGCAGCUUUCAUUUAAACGCAUUUUACUAAUUACUUUUGUACACUUUUGUGUUGACAUGUGAAUAAAAUUCAUGCACAAA